AUUAUAGUCCUGUCUAAAUGAGGAGUCAUUGCUAUCAAAGUCGCCCGAUAUCGAGAAGCCCUGAGAUGUGACCUUAAUUAUUUGGAUAUAUAAGUCUGCCGGUGAUGUCUACAAUACUCAGAGAAUAAGAAUGGAAAUAUCACUUUAACUUGAACGUGAAGACUUAUCAGUUGAUAGCUGUUUCACUGUGACUUCAGAGACCCAAGUGGAUGCUGUGUUACAGGUCAAACUGUUGUCCUCUGAUAGGACAGGCUCCCAGCCUCUUUAGCUACAUUUCCUAUCUGUGACUUGGAGCCUUCUGUAGGAGCCAGAUACGUCCAAAAUUAUAGCGUUGAUGUUUACUGUACAAACAUGACAGAGACAUUUAAAAAUUCCUGUGUGCUUUCACCCUCGUUUGAAAGUCCCAACCCUGCUAAAGUCCCUCGACUCCAGACUCCACGGUGGCUGGCUGCUAUGUGGAAGAAGGUCCUGGCCAUUCUUCUCGGCGUUAUAGUUGGAUACUGGCUCAUUGAUGACUUUAAUCCAGAUGUUGUCCAAGGAAAACGUGUGCUUAUUACGGGAGCUUCCGCAGGGAUCGGAGAACAGAUGGCCUACCACUUCGCACGUAUGGGAGCCAGUGUCAUAGUUACUGCACGCCGGGAGCAGCGCCUUCAGGAGGUCGUAGCCCGGUGUCGUGAGCUCGGAGACAAGUCAGCCAUAUUUGACUACAUCUCUGCAGAUAUGUCCAAUCUGACGGACACAGACCGAGUCAUCAAUGAGGUGCGGUCUCGCCUUGGAGGACUAGAUUACUUGGUAUUAAACCACAUCAUCAGUGCCCCACUAGGCCUCUGGGUCGGCAGUACAGAAAACCUUACCCACCUCGACCGCCUGUUUGAUGUUAACUUCAAGGCCUACGUCCACCUAACAUCACAUGCACUUCCUUUACUUUCACAGAGCAAUGGCCAUAUCAUAGUCAUGUCCUCGCUGUCAGGAAAAAUAGCUCAGCCUUUCACCAUAGCAUACUCAGCAUCUAAAUUUGCCCUUAACGGGUUCUUCAGUGGUCUACGACAGGAGCUGAAGAUGAAGAAUAGUGAUAUCUCUAUUACACUUUGUGUUAUAGGAUUUGUGGGUACAGAGAAUGCUGUUCGGGAAUUGGAAAAUUUUCACCAAGACUUUUUAUUGAAAAGUGUUCCGCCAGAGGAUCCAUCAGAAGCAGCCCUGGCCGUGAUAAAGGGCGGGGCUACAGGUGUGAGGGAGCUACAUUUCCCGUACUUUUCAAUGAAGAUAGUAACGUUACUCAGGGACAUUGUACCACAAACGGUCGAGAUGUUUUUCAGACAGGUUUACCAGUUAAACUCCUAGCGUCUUGUUUCUUUGUUGAUUUCCUGGUACAGUGCAAUCCAUGUUAACAACUGUUAUAUGAUUCUCUACACAGCACCAUGAUAAAAUCUCUACACAGUACCAUGAUAAAAUCUCUACACAGCACCAUAAUAAAAUCUCUACACAGUACCAUGAUAAAAUCUCUACACAGUACCAUGAUAAAAUCUCUACACAGUACCAUGAUAAAAUCUCUACACAGUACCAUGAUAAAAUCUCUACACAGCACCAUGAUAAAUCUCUACACAGCACCAUGAUAAAAUCUCUACACAGUACCAUGAUAAAAUCUCUACACAGUACCAUGAUAAAAUCUCUACACAAUACCAUGAUAAAAUCUCUACACAGUACCAUGA